AUGGACCCUCAGUCUCAUAAUACCGCCGGUUCAUUCACCGGAUGGAGCACAUCCAAAGUCGCCGCAAAUAACACAACGAGACAAUACUUUGAGCACUUCUCCGGCCAGGCCUCCAGCACCAACACCAUCCUCGCUGCCUCUCUCAAGGAACAGUACCCCAGUCUCAAACUCUCCAUCCUCAGCCAGGUCGACCUCUUGGGCUUUGCGGCAAACGGCUUCGCCAAAUACACCCCACUCGCCGACGAUGCAAACUCAGGCCUCCCAUCAUCCGUCACCGUCAACGCCUACCAACCGGCCCAGCGAAGGGUCCGAGGCAGCAAUGGCCUUAUUGCCCAGGACAUUCGAUUCGGCAAGUUCCACUACCAAUGGCAAGCUCGCGACUUUAUCCUGUACAUCGCCCAUGGGCUAGAUGGCUCCUCGGGACUCAGCAGCUACACAUAUGCCUAUCUCCUGUCCAGCGACGAGCAUCAUUCCGAGGCCCUUGUCCUUGCCGCCGGGAAAUGGACCAGCUCGCUCCAUGAGGAGAUUUGGGUCUAUGACGGCGGCUACUGGUCCAAGAGUGCCGAACUGUACCAGAGCGUCAUGAAGGCCUCGUGGGAUGCCGUCAUUUUGGACGCCCAGAUGAAGAGCGACCUGAUCAACGACCAUUUGUCCUUUUUCCAGUCCGAGGGCACCUAUCGCCGGCUGAAGGUGCCCUGGAAGAGAGGCAUCAUCUACUACGGGCCUCCGGGCAACGGCAAGACGAUUUCCAUCAAGGCAAUGAUGCACACUCUAUAUGACAUGAAGCCUGAAGUCCCGACCUUGUAUGUGAGGUCCCUGGCCUCGUUCAUGGGCCCAGAGUACGCCAUCAAGACCAUCUUCUCAAAGGCACGACAAUUCGCGCCCUGCUACCUCGUCUUCGAAGACCUCGACUCGCUGGUCUCUGACUCGGUAAGGAGCUACUUUCUCAACGAAGUGGACGGGCUCAAGGAAAACGAUGGCAUUUUCAUGAUUGGCAGCACCAACCAUCUCGAACGUCUGGACCCAGGCAUCUCGAGACGCCCCUCCCGCUUCGAUCGUAAAUACUUGUUCCCCAACCCCAAUCUCCGCGAGCGAAUAGCCUACUGCCACUUCUGGCAGGCCAAGCUCAAGGACAACAAGGAAAUCAGCUUUCCCGACAAGUUGUGCGACGCCAUUGCCGGGAUCACGAGCAGGUUCAGCUUCGCCUACAUGCAGGAGGCGUUUGUGGCCGCCUUGCUGGCGAUUGCGCGGGACGAGAAGCCGGAUGGCAUCAUCACGGCAAUGGACGUGUUGACGGUUGAUGUGGCGCAUGACUGGGUGGAAGUCCUGGGUGGUGCAGAGGAUGACGAGGACCCCGAGCUGGAGAAGCUGGUGCUGUGGCGGGAGAUGAAGAAGCAGGUCAAUAUACUGAGGGAGGGUCUGAGAGGCGGUGACGGAGAGCUUGAUGCCGACUUGGUGUCUGUGUAG